CACUUUAACCUAUAUUAGUGUGUAUCCGACAAAUAUAGCAUCUUUUUUUUUAUUUUAAGAACGCUCCACACGCGUUCUUCGUCCAAUACAUUGGUUGUCUUUCUAAACAUUAGCUUAGUUUCAUUCACUUGUUAAUCAUGGCUGCUUAUGGAGCUCUGGUUUCUCUUAUGCAUAUCAUAGAUACCCUCGAGAAACAUCCUUCUCCUCCCAUUUCUAUCAACGAAAUACAAGUUCAAUCCCUCACUCAAAACAUUACUUUCUUGCAGGAUUUUCUUGAUUGCUAUAUUUCCCCUUUUGCUGAUAGCCACGAAGCUGAUCCAUUGGAGCGUCGCAUUGCUGAUGCAGUUUACGCAGCUGAGGAUGUUAUCGAAUCCCAUAUCGUGGAUCAAAUUCACAGUGGAUCCACAAUCGUUGCAGAUCAUAACUUCUAUCACAAUCUACAGAAACUGAUUGAAGAAAUGGAUCUGAUCAACAAAGAGGUGAAGUGCAUUGCAGUUGAAGCUCGGACCAAGCAGAAGCCCGUUGCUGCCUUGUCGGCGUCUUCUCCCACUGAGAAAGAAAGCGUGAUCGUGGGCUCUGACGAAGUGUUUCUUGAAGUUUUGGAUAAGCUCACCAAUGAUCAACUCUACCGCCAAAUCAUCCCCAUCCGGGGAUGGGUGGCAUUGGGGGAGGAUACACAGCAUCAGGCCGAAACAGAGGCACUACUCGUGCAUGGUGAGCAUGCUGUCUCGAGCAGGGCGUCUUCGUGAGGCGGAAGAGUUCUUAGUGAGCAUGCCGUGCCAACCUGAGGCGAACGCGUGGUCUGAGAGGCUCUCAAAGGUUGCGGAGUAUGUCCUGAUGUCGAAUAGCUAUGCCUCGAGGUGGGCGAUGGGUCGAUGCGAUGAACCGGAAAGGGAUCAAGAAGAGUGGGGGUUGCAGUUGGAUGGAGCUGAGAAAUUGAGUGCAUCUGUUUUAUUCACAGGAUAAAUGGAAAGAAAUGAAAGAUGUUGAAUACUGAAAGAGAAAAAUAUUUUUGAAUAUCCCUUUUGUGACU